AUGAUGAGAAGAGGUGGAAUUGAUCCUUCAUCAUUAUUUCUUGCCUGCGAAGGAGGAGAUUUUAGAUCAGUUGGACAAUUAUUAAAUAUGGGUAUUAAUCCAAAUAUUGCGGAUUCAAAGGGUGUAACCCCUUUGCAUAUUGCUUCUCGAAUUGGAAGUAUAAAAAUCGUUGAGCAACUAAUAGAUUCUGGUGCAGAUCCAAACGCACAAACGCAAAUGGGAGAAACUCCCCUGCAUCAUGCUGCAAUGAAUGGUCACGACAGAGUAGUUGACAUUUUAUUAAAGUCUGGAGCUGACGCCUCAAUAGAAGAUGCAGGUGGAGCACGAGCUUUAGACUAUGCUGAUUUCAGAGGAUAUGAUUCAUUGUCCAGUUAUUUACUUCCAAAAAGCGUUCCUAAAAAUGUAACUCCAGAAACAUUUUUCCAGAUGAUAGAUGACAAUGAUUUAGCUGGAAUUCAAUUUGCUUUGGCAGCAGGUGUUGAUCCAAACUAUUUUGACGGCGAAGAUUAUCCAGUUCAUUAUGCAAUGAGAAGCGGCCAUGGAGAAAUUGCUCUUGCACUUAUUAAUGGUGGAGCCAGCAUCGAAACUCGUAGCAAUGGAAGCACAGCUCUUCAUGUGGCUGCACAUCGAGGACUUCAGACCCUUGUUAAGGUAUUACUUAAAAGAGGUGCAGAUAUUAAUGAUAGGAAUUCAAUUAAUGGUAAUACUCCACUAUUAUUUGCCAUGAAAAACGGUAAAAAAGAAACAUCAAGAUUAUUAUUGCAGCAUGGCGCCGAUGUCAUGGUCCAAAACUUUUCAGGAACUUCUCCAUUGUCUGAAGCAAUAAGAAGUCCUCAUGGAGAUUGGAUUUCUCUGUUUUCAGAAACAGGAGCUUUGAGAAGAGUUAAUAGAGAUCUUCUUCUUACACUCUGUGUUCAAAGCAACAAGACAACAAUGGCAUUUUCCUUAUCUGUUGCAAACGGAAACUUCAAAGAAUUUAGAUUUAUUUCUGAUAAAGCAGAACCGAAACAACUUCGCGUUCUUGCUGAAUCAGAGAACGUUUUUGAGACUUUGUCAAUGAUUAAUGACCAAGCAAGACUUGGAAGAGUUCCUCAAUGUAUUGAAAUAAUUGAUUCAUUAUAA